AUGACCCCAGGCAGCUGGCAGAAGGACUCGGACAUAGAGGCAGAGGGAACCUGGAGGCUUCAGGACGAAGUUGCUGUUAAGCACUGGACGCAGUGCCAACUGGAAAAGGUGAGUGGCCGUCUGCAAGAUCUUACAGAGCUCAUGAGAUCUUGAGAUUUCAGGAAUAUCUCACAAGCUCUUGCUAGCCUAAUACUGCUAUUAAACCAACUAGAUUUAGUAGGAUUAUGCGUAGGGUUUCCAUGUUGGGUUGCAGCUAGCACUGCGGGCAGGGUAAAGUCCUGGCACUUACAUGACCUCCCACUGCUGACUUUGCUGCUGCUGGCAGGGUUGAAUAAGGUUGGCACAGUGCAAACACACCGGUGCAGCCAAACUCAUGCUCAUGCCAGUGUGUUCACACCACAUCAACCUCACCUCCUUCCUCCUCUACCUGUUCCCUUUUGAGAUGCAGAUGAGGACAUGUUUGUGGAUGAACCCAGCUUCAAGGCCGAAGAUUCCCUGUGGUUACAGCAAAGACAAUCCUAACCGAAGGACAACAGGAAAUGAUUAA